UGGCGCUGUUGAGCUUCAAGCGACACAGAGCGGAAGUAGAAGCAAAAGAAACCGACGAAGAAGAAGGAGAAGCUCACACGUGUGUCCAACAUGUCCGCCUCUCGUGUUGAGAUUCCAGAGCACCGUGUGGUUUAGUCUUUGCUAGUUUUGACGCCGUUUAUUAUAAAUCUUUUAUCUCGCGGGCCGUAGGAUAGAAGUUUCCCGAAGGGAGCAGUAAAGCCGCAGGAUGGCGCAGAGGAAGAAGAAACUGACGAAGAAAAGGAGACACACGUCCAACAGAGAGCCGGAGAUCGAGUUUGACCGCGGAGACCAUCAACUGGCGGCCGAAAUUAAGGACGAUGAUUUUCCAGGGAUGAAACUUCUGCGAUUCCCGGCCACAUCCGACUGCCUGUCAGAUGUGGAGCCGGACACCAGGCUGCUGGUCAGAGCCCAAAACAAGAAGAAAAAGAAGUCUGGAGGCUUUCAGUCCAUGGGUCUCAGUUACCCUGUGUAUAAGGGCAUCAUGAAGAAGGGUUACAAAGUCCCUACUCCGAUUCAAAGAAAGACCGUCCCAGUGAUUUUGGAUGGCAAGGAUAUAGUCGCCAUGGCUAGGACUGGCAGUGGUAAGACCGCUGCUUUCCUGGUGCCAAUGUUUGAGAAGUUGAAAGCGCCUCAAGCCCAAAGUGGAGCCAGGGCCCUAAUCCUGACCCCCACCAGAGAGUUGGCCCUGCAGACCAUGAAGUUCACAAAAGAGUUGGGGAGAUUUACCGGCCUCAAGACUGCCCUGAUCCUUGGUGGAGACAGAAUGGAUGAUCAGUUUGCCGCUCUUCAUGAGAAUCCCGACAUAAUCAUCGGUACCCCCGGUCGCCUCAUGCACGUUAUUCAGGAGAUGAACCUGAAGCUGCAGAGUGUGGAAUACGUGGUGUUUGAUGAGGCUGACAGGUUGUUUGAAAUGGGUUUUGCUGAUCAGCUUCAGGAGGUCAUCCGGAGGCUUCCAGACAGUAGACAGACUCUGCUGUUCUCUGCCACUCUUCCCAAACUGCUGGUGGAGUUUGCUAGAGCUGGGCUGACAGAACCCGUGUUGAUUCGUUUGGAUGUGGAUUCUAAACUGAGUGACCAGAUCAAGCUGUCAUUUUUCCAUCUGCGGAUGGAUGACAAGCAGGCGCUGCUGCUUCAUCUGCUGAGGAACGUAGUGAAGCCUCAGGAGCAAACGGUGGUUUUUGUGGCCACCAAACACCAUGUAGAGUACAUCAAGGAGCUGCUGACUUUAGAAGGAGUGGAGUGUGCUUACAUCUACAGCGCCCUCGAUCAGACCGCCAGAAAGAUCAAUAUAGGGAAGUUUGUGCACCGCAGAGCCAUGGUGCUGAUUGUGACUGAUGUUGCUGCUCGUGGUAUCGACAUCCCCAUGCUGGACAAUGUCAUCAACUACAACUUCCCCUCCAAGCCCAAGCUUUUCUUGCACAGAGUUGGGCGUGUGGGACGUGCUGGGCGCAGUGGCGUAGCCUACAGUAUGAUUUGUCCAGAUGAGAUGCCGUUUGUCUACGACCUUCACCUCUUCCUCGGACGACCCGUUCAGUUUGCCACAGCCGAACACUCAAAAGAUUCAGAAGGCGUGUUCGGUCGGGUCCCUCAGGGUAUCCUGGACGACGAAAGUUCCCAUCUGACCACGGCCCAUGAAAACUCCCUGGACCUGCAAAACAUGCUCCACGUGUCCGAAAACGCCUACAAGCAGUAUCUCAAGUCGCGACCAGACCCCUCACCGGAGUCCUUCAGACGGGUCAAAAACACAGAUCUGUCCAGCAUGGCGGUCCAUCCACUGCUAGGGUCUGGUUUGGAGAAAAUGGAACUGGAACGUCUUCACAUAGUUGAUGCCAUCAAAGGCUACAAAGCCAAAUCGACAAUCUUUGAAAUCAACUCUAAUAGUAAGAGUCAGGCCGGCGAUGUCAUGCGGGCCAAGCGCUCCAAGGACAAGCGGCUGGUGGACAAAUUCAGCAGACAGCGCGAGAGCCUGGCUGCAGAAAGCCGGCUGCAUCAGCCCGUCAUCCCCCCCACCCCCAGCAUCACCGCUGCCGAUGACGACGAUUUCACACACAGCGCAGGCGACAAAGAGGAGGAGGAGGAUGAUAUCAAGGAGGUGUUCUCUGUAGUCGUAGGAGCUGGAAAAAUGAGAAACCUGCAAGAAGAUGAAGGACACAGUAACAAGAGAAGCAGACAGUCGGGCAAGGAUCAGGACUACUACAUCCCCUACAGACCCAAAGAUUUCGACUCUGAGAGAGGGUUAAGUCUGGGCGGAGAGGGCACCCCCUUCGAACAGCAGGCCUCCACAGCUGUCCUGGACCUGAUGGGCGACGAGGGAAGCAAGCUAAACCAGCACAAGAACAUCAUGAAAUGGGAUCGUAAGAGGAAGCGCUUUGUGCGAGACGCAGGGAGGGACGACCAGAAGAAGAAGCUCCGACUGGAUAGUGGACAAGUCAUCGGAAACAAGAAGAACAAGAAGAACUUUUACGAGGAGUGGAAGAAAAAAUACAAGGUCAAUGAUGGAGGAGAUGGCUCAGACGGCGAUGGAGAAGGAGGAGGAGGAAGAGGAGGCGUACGAGGUGGACGGAGGCCAGGAGGAGGUCGUGGUCGGGGCGGCGGCGGUGGUCGGGGUGGUGGUCGUGGUCGUGGCCGUAACCCCAACUUCCAGAGUCCCGUGGGACAGCAGCAGACGCCCGGCGGUCUCCGGGUUCGCUCGGAGCUGAAGUCAAAGGAGCAAAUCCUCAAGCAGCGCAAGACGGACAAGAAGCAGCAGUUCCUGCAGAGCGGAGGCCUGAAGAACCGCCGCAGCAAGAACAAAAAGUGGGUCGGAGAGGUUAAGAAGUCCGGUUUUGGACGUGGCGAUCAGAAGAAGGGUAAGAUGAGGAAGAGACUCUGAGGCGGACGUGGCAGAGGGCUCCACGAGGGACCGCAAGAACACCGCUAUCUUCCCACAGGCCCACCUUUAAUUGAUCGUGGAUUAAAGGAAAGCAUUUUUACACAAUAGAGAUGAACUGCUGAAGCGCUAAUUUCGACCCACUCUGUAAAAGAAUGAUCCCGUGAACUGGAGUUUUUGCUUCUGAGCUUGUGGGCAGAUUGUUUCUCAGUACUGCUAUUUCUAUAAUUCUAUAUUUAACUGCCGGUGAAAUACAGAUGUGACUAAGAUGGUA